AUGUUCUCCCAACGCCCUUCAUUCCGCUACCUGGCUAUCGGCGCAGUGGUGUCUCUGUUUGUCCUUGCAUUCCUUGUCCUCGGCACAGGUGCACCCUCGCUCUCAUCACAAUUUAAUCUAAAGACACAAUCACGACAGCAAUACUGUGCACCUACCGUGAACUCUUCCGCUGGCUGGGAGUUUGUUGUUGAGCGCGAUGGAAACAACCACGGUCUCUCUGAGGACCAGUGCCGCAUUGCUUUCCCAAAGCUAUUUGUUGAGAUUGACAAGUCAUCUAAACCGAGAGAAGAUAAGCUUGUUUCCUAUAAGGAGCUCAAUUUCAGGACAGUGGACGAUGGCAUGGUGCGGGGAAUUAUUGACCGAGGAGAGUUAUAUAUUGUCGACUACGCCCCCAUGCCCGUUACAGCAUCUCGAGCACGCGCCACAUUAAACUCCCUCCACCGCGCCCUGACAGCAUUCCCAGACCGCCACCUCCUACCCAGCGUCGAGUUCAUCUUCACCACAGAAGACUUCGCAGAAGACACAACCGCCGCCAGCCCCAUCUGGGCCUACUCAAAACGUGACUCAGACACCUCAGUCUGGCUAAUGCCCGACUUCGGUUACUGGGCCUGGCCAGAGGUGCAGAUCGGGCCGUACCAUGAAGUGCGCCGUCGCAUUGCCGCAAUCGACGACGGCCAGACUGCCGCAGAUGGCACAUACAUUCCGGGCCUGCAGUUCCAGGAGAAGAAAAAGCAGCUCGUAUGGCGCGGCAGUCUGGCGACGAACCCGCCCGUCCGGAGCAAACUCCUCAAGUCUGCGCUGGGUCGUAGCUGGGCUAGUGUGCGUGUCAUUGACUGGGAUGACCAAAAUGAUAUCCGCUUCAAUCUUCUCCCCAUUGAAGACCACUGCCGGUACAUGUUCCUCGCGCAUACAGAGGGCCGGAGCUUCUCUGGCCGUGGGAAGUAUCUUCUGAACUGCCGUUCUGUGGUCAUCUCGCAUGCGCUUGAAUGGCGCGAGGCUCAUCAUGCGGCGCUGGUGUCAACUGGCCCGGAUGCAAAUUAUAUUGAGGUUGACCGGGAUUGGUCUGAUCUAUCGCCCAAGAUCGAUUAUCUCAUUGAUAACCCUGCGAUUGCGGAGCGUAUCGCUAAUAAUGCGGUGCGCACUUUCCGUGAUCGGUACCUUACUCCUGCUGCUGAGUCGUGCUACUGGCGUCAGUUGAUCCGGCAGUACUCUGCAGCUUGUGAUUUCGAGCCGGUCUUGUUUUCGACUGGCCGGGAUGGGAAGACUCAGCCCCGGGGUGUUCCGUAUGACACUUGGCUUCUUAUGCAUUGA